CAUUUAAGUCACUCCUUUCUUCCCUACUCGGCAAGUGCACCUAAUUGAUUCCCUUCUUUACUUCUUUCCUUUCAUUUUUAAUUUCUCAAUAAUGUCGCUACUCCAAUCUGCCGUCUCUACUCCGUUAACCGUCCGUUCUUCGCCGUCACUUUCAGGCGCGGCGGCACACUCCAUCGUCGCCUCCUGUAGCGUUUCUUCCACUUGGAACUCCUCCUCCUUGUUAAGAUCGUCGUCUUUAAAGACCGUUACCUCCAUUUCGAGCUCUAGGACUAGUAAAAGAAAAGGCGCUGUAGGAAAGGUGAGGUCCAGCCUUGAAACGGCUGGAGCAACGGUGGGGCAGGUGACGGAGGUUACGAAGGACACAUUCUGGCCCAUCGUUAAAGCCGCCGAGGAUAAAACCGUCGUCCUCGAUAUGUACACUCAAUGGUGUGGUCCUUGUAAAGUUAUAGCUCCCAAGUAUCAAGAAUUGUCUGAGAAGUACCUUGACGUUGUCUUUCUAAAGCUUGAUUGCAAUCAAGAAAACAAGCCAUUGGCGAAGGAGCUUGGUAUAAGAGUGGUUCCAACGUUCAAGAUACUGAAGCACAACAAGGUAGUGAAGGAAGUGACAGGAGCAAAAUUUGACGACUUAGUUUCAGCCAUCGAGACGGUUCGAUCCAGCUAAGUUCAUUUCAGUACCUGUAAAACAUUAAUCCCAUCAAAUCGAAGACAACAUUACCAUUCUGCACGGUUUGAAUUAAUUUUUCUACUUGUAUUAAUGUAUAUAUAUGUAUGGAUACAUUACCAGUUCUUCAAAUGUAGA